AUGACUGACCGUACAGUUCCCCACGCAUACCCUAUGAGUGUUAAUUAUGAGAUGUGCACUCCUGCUCGGUUAUAUGACCAGAACUUUGCAGAAGCGCUAAGUCCUCAGGACCUGAUGGCUCCAGUGCUGUACCACGGAUACUACAUCCGUCCCCGCAUCAACAAACAGCUGGAGAGGGGCUUCUCACAGGUGGACAGCGAGGAAGACUGGUACCGUGUUCUACUAGACGUCUGUCAGUUCACGCCGGACGAGCUGAGUGUGCGAACUGUGGACAACCUACUGGAGGUGACUGGGCGCCAUACUCAGAGGAUGGACCAACACGGCUUUGUUUCCAGAGAGUUCACACGCACCUAUAUCCUUCCUAUUGGUGUUGACCCACUGCUGCUGCAAGUGUCUAUAUCUCAUGAUGGAAUCAUGUGUAUUCAAGCUCCAAGGAGGGUUCAGGAUUUAGAGCCUAAAAUCAAUGAACUCAAGAUCAAAGUGGACAAGAAGGGAGAGAAGAGGUGCUAA